GAUAGAAUGGUGGCAAAGUGCAAUGAUUGAUGCUGGGACUCCGAAAAUCCAGCGCGCAGUUGACACAGGUGAUGAUCUGCCUGCGCUGUGGGCUCGCCGCCGUCAAGUCGCAGUUCCGCCAUUGCCCGAACAUGACCUUGGAGUUUCCAGCAAUUCUUUGGAGAGGAUGUUGCAACCACGAGCUGCAGCGCGGCUGUUGGAAAUGGUUCUUCGAAAACCUUUGCUGAAACGCUGCAGCUAUGGCUUCUGCACCUGGCGCUGCGCAGUUGUGCGGCAAGCCACAGUGACAAAAACGCUUGUGCUGUCUCCAUGUAACUUACUGGCUGAGGUGCUUCGCCAUGUUUUCCACCUCCGAAAAGCUCAAAGAUUCCAAGAAUGGCGUGCCACCGCGGCCUGGCUGGCCGUGCGGCAGCAGCAGGAUGACUUCAGAGCAGAGUUGCGGGCAAUUGCAGAUCAGGAUGCCGCGGUGUCAACGCAGCUGAUGGCUUGUGCUGAGGGAGCUGCCGCCAGAGCCAGGAGCAGUGGCUUCCGCGCCGCCGGCGCAGUGUUGGGUCGCCUUGCGAGCGUCAGGAUGUCCGCGGCGGUGGAGCGAUGGAAGGCAUUUGGCCAAGAAGUUGCAGUGCGCAAGAGGUUCCAAGGCCUUCAAACUGCAGCUGUCCGUUGCCUGCAGCAUGUGGUGCGUGCUCGUAUGGGCUGGGCGUGGGCUAGAUGGCAUUGUGCCAAGUGGCCAAGGUCAAGAAGUGGGCACCGCGAAACACCCGUGAAAGAGGUGCCUGGCAGCUUCUUAGCUGCACGUUCCCUGCCUUUCUGCCCAUUGGCUGCACGUGCUGAACAGCUGCUACGGCUGAAAGUCCGCCUGGCGUGGCAUGCAGACUUUGCAUAUCGCUGCAGCGGCGUGAAAAACGAGGUUCACAGCCCCGUGCUUGAUGAGGAUGGAUUGAGUCUGCUGAAGUGGCGCUUGGACAGGUGGAGGCAGAUUGCAUCUGCUGCGUGUGUUCGCAGCCGGUACGGCUCAGCGUGGAACAGAAACAGCCGCCGGUUCAGAGCCAUGGUCCGACCUCCUCGCGUGGAACUCAGACGCUUCGCUGCCAUGGCUGGAUGGGACCUACAGCUACACGUCCUUGAGGUCCAAAGGGACACGGAAUAUGCCCCCCAAAAUCGAAAAUCACUUUUCCUGGUGUUCUCCUCCAACUCCAAGCGUUUCCAACAUGGUCAAAGCCAUUUUGGCUCCAAAAAACCUCCGGCCGCGGCCGUGCGCCAGCCGGCCAUGGCGGAUGGCAUGCUGCGCUCGCCCACCUUCCUGGUGGGUGCGGAGCGGCAGCGGAAGAACCUGGACGAGUUCAAGCGACGGGAGCAGCAGCUGGCUGAGGCAUAUCACAAGAACAAACCGCUGUGCUUCAAUGCCUGUUCCUAUCAGAAAACUCAUCCAGUGAAAGCCCAGAAGGGUCAUAAGGACGCGGAUGCUUGUUUGACCGUGCCAAUGGUUCUCGGUGUGGCGGAUGGCGUCUCGCAAAUUGAGGAUUUUGGCAUUGAUGCAUCGAUGCUUCCAAAUGAGCUCCUUCAUAUAGUAGAGCAACUGGGCAUGCAUCAGUUGAUCCCCGGAGCCAAAUUGCCCGCGGCGGACACCUACCGUGGCCCGGUCUCGAUGCUACGAAGAGCCUUCGAAGCGACAGAGUCCUUGGGCUCUUUGACGGUGGUGUUAGCAGUGAUGGACAAUUCCACCCGAAUCCAUGGGAAGUUGCAUCCCAUGAUCGCCAUCAUCACAGUUGGAGAUUGCGAGCUCUUGGUGCUUCGUCGGGUGAAAGGGCCCCGCGCCGUGCUGGAAUUGGUGUGUCACACCGAGAUGCAGCGCAUCGAUGGCCAUGCCCAGACACCUCUGCAGCUGGCCAGGGUGGAUGAUAGGAUCGAUCCUAACUUCCACGAAGGGCUGACCAUAGAAGUCAUCGAGAGAGGUAGUGCUGUUCACUGCGUCUCUGCGUAUGAAGGUGACGUUGUGAUCAUGGGCAGUGAUGGUGUUUUUGACAAUCUGUUCUUGGAUGAACUCUUAGAACUGGCGAACCGGACGCUUCUGCCCUCAGCUUCCAGUGGGCCCCAGUACUCCGAGGCGCAACUGCGUGGCUUAGCUCAGCGCAUUGUGGAGCAAUGCCAUGCGAAGACGCGGCCCAUGGUCAAUGGCCUGCUCCCUGAAGCUCCCAUUGGCCGCGGCGGGAAGAAGGAUGACACCUCCUGUGUGGUGGCAGAGGUGGUGGAAUGGACUGAGGAGUUGCAGAAGCUCUGGGAACCUGAGCCGGCAGCCGCUUGGCCCUUCAGAUUCAACUCGCCCAGCAGUGUGUUUGAUGGUGGUCUCUUCAAUUUCAACAGCUGUUGCGUGGCCUCCCAUGAGUCCGACGAUGAGUCAGGCGAUGCCGUGAAGCCCACUUUCCACCCCAAUGAGAGCAGUGACAUAGACUGGAAGGCUGCAGGGCCUAUGUCCGCCCCGCCUCCCAGCAGUCAGCCGGCCAGGCUACACCUGAGCCCAGGGCAGCAGAUGUUUGGGAUCCAUGGCUCUCAAGGCCAACUGUUGGCACCACCCAUAGGUGCCAUGGGUCACCCCAUGGUGGUGAAUGGCAUGCCAACCGCACCAUAUCCCAUGACUAAUCACUACAUGAAGCAGAUGUAUGGCCCGCCAACCGUGCCGGGUCCACCGGCCAGUCGCUUUGCCCUUGGCAACUUCGUGGGCUCGGGUCAGUGUGGCAAUGCACUCUACUGAAACGAGCAGAAUGAGUUGCAUGUGACCAUGGCUUAAUGAAUGUCCCCAUG